AGGGAAGAAACCAGAAACUUUUGGAGCUAAUACCUGGCUGUAUGAAUGGAUUCCACAGAAUGAUCUUGGUAAGACCAAAGAGAAGAAAAGAUUUUUCCUGCCAUCAAGCCAUGAUAAUUGGGAAGGAGUGACAGAAAAGGGAAAUGUUUGCCCCACUGGUGGAUGAAACUUGUCCACUCGACUCUCGGAAAGGUAUUCUCAUUCCUACAUGGCUGCCAAAAUCAAAGGUCUCUGGGGGAAUGACCGAAGAGAUAUCCCAUGAGGCAACCUUGCUGACGACAGCCUAGAAAAGACCUUCUCAUCAGAAAAACUUUAAAGGAAACUGUCAUCAGUGGAGGAGGAUCGUGGAGCAAUGUAAGGAGUUCCUUUUAAUCUUUAAUACAGAGUACACAAUUCAAAGUUCAUCCCAACCUACUUAUGACUGGGAGUGUCAAGCCGGAUCUUUGGAUUGGGAAUUUCAUGUGCUUGGUUUAAAGCCCAGAUUUAGUUUGAGGAAGAGUUAAUCAUGAAGACUGUGAAGGGCUUCUGUGUCUUUUUCGUGCUGCAUCUAUGUUUCUUCGACUCAGGAAUGACUGGGAAAGUCCUUGUAUGGCCCAUGGAUUUUAGUCACUGGAUCAAUUUAAAAGUUAUUCUGGAAGAACUCCAAGUUCGUGGGCAUGAGAUAACCAUCCUGAUGCCUUCAUCAAGCUCUCUGCUUGAUCAUGGCAAGCUUCCCUUUAACGUGGAGAUCCUUCAAAUUUCAAUAAGCAAAGAAAGCUUCAUGGAAAAGUUGAUUGCUGAUCUCUAUACAAUCUCUUUUGAAGUGCCGAAACUUUCAUGGUGGAACAGGCAAGUCAAGAUGACACAAAUGCUCAGAGAUUUUUUUUUGAUAACCAGAAGAAUAUGUGACAGCGCUGUCACAAACAAGGAGUUACUCAGCAGGCUACAGGCAGCAAAGUUUGAUGUCUGUAUUGCUGACCCUUUAAGCUUUUGUGGGGAGUUGGUGGCUGAGCUCCUCAAUAUUCCAUUUGUAUACUCUUUUCGUUUUUCCAAUGGAAAUGUCUUUGAGAGGCUGUGUGCUGGACUUCCUAUGCCUUCUUCAUAUGUUCCAAGCAGCACAUCAGGACUGACAGAUAACAUGACUUUUGUUCAGAGGCUGGAGAAUUGGUUAUUGUAUGCAGUUAAUGAAGUGAUAUAUACAUAUUUUUUAUUUCCCGAAUGGGAUGAGUAUUACAGCAAAGUUUUAGGUAAGAGAAAUUUACAUGUAAUCUUGAUUCUUGUUUCACAUAUAAAUAUUAGCAUUCCUGUUGUGUUUCAGCAGGUGAUCUUGUUAAUGUACAAUGCAGACAUAAAAUGUACCCUGAACAAGGGAGGGGCAGGAGAUGGUAGCUCAAAGGCAGAGAAAACUGUUGAAUUUUUCUCGUUCUACCUUAAAUUCAGUUUGUGUCAGAACAGGUGUACAACGUAA